GAACUUACUGGAAAGAUUGGUCCUUACAGACGAUAUGGCAGAACAGUUUGGAAAUGGAAGUAUCAUAUUGUCAUUUUGGUGGGAACCAAGUCAACAGCAUCAGUGUAUGUUCGAUCCGUAUGUUGCUUCAAAGGACACUAAAGGGUGUGGUUCAUUUUCCCGGAAGUGUUUUUUUUUUCAGGACAGCAGAUAACAUUAUAGUUUACUUGUCUCUAUGCCAUUGAGAAGACGAUUCGCUAUGAUGACUAUAUAUGAGGAAAAUUAGAAAAUGAGAAAGAUUGUGUGUUUGUCUUUUGAGGAGGUUUUGUCUAAUUUGUAAUAUAUGAUUCUUAAAUAGAGGUAUACCAUUUAUAAUAGGAUACGAUUAUGAAAUAUCCAUCAGAUAUUCAUCAUCGGAUCCCACUGCUCAAAGGCCGUAAGCGCCAAACAUAGGCCUAAAUAGUGCAGUCCUUCACCAAAGUGGUGACAUCUCUAAAUGAGUGAAAAAUUCUUGGACCGUUAAAAAUAUCCAAUCAACCCACGGGUUUUCUCUCCGUAAUGCAGUAUAACGGAAAGAAAACCCUGGAGAUCCAACGACGUCAGAUGUUAAAGAUAUUUAUUUUCCCAGCAUACCAAAUGACUUUAAUAUGACCUUCAUUGGUACAUUACAGAUACAAGCCAUACCUUCUUAUGAUGUUGAAAUAUGAUUCACAUAACUUUGUUUAAAACAAAUAUGUUAAACAAGUAACAAGGAUGAACAUCCAUUGUUUUGAAGUCAAAUGUCAAGGUUACAAGUCAAGGUCAAAAUACUUUGUCAAGUCAUGUAUUAUUCAUAUCUAGUGAUCAGUCAUUCAAAAACUUACCACGCACAAGUACUCUGAAGUUGAAAUAAAAAAUAUGCUAGAGUUCCUCAUUAACAAUAUCUUCGUGGUCUUUGGUGAUCAGGUCUUCCAACAGUCUGUUGGAAUUCCCAUGGGCACGAAUUGUGCUCCUUUGUUAGCUGACCUGUUUUUAUAUUCAUAUGAAGCAGAAUUUAUUCAAAAACUUCUACAUGAGAAGAAAAAAUCUCUCGCUGUGACCUUCAGUUCGACUUUUAGAUAUAUUGAUGACGUUUUGUCUAUUAACAAUGAUAGCUUUCAUUCAUAUGUCGAUUUGAUAUAUCCCUGUGAGCUCGAAAUAAAGGACACCACAGAGUCGUCCACUUCUGCUUCAUACUUAGAUAUUUUAUUGAAAGUAGACAUUAACGGCAAACUGACAACUCAACUGUAUGACAAACGGGAUGAUUUCAGCUUCUCCAUCGUCAACUUCCCACAUUUAUGUAGCAAUAUUCCAUUAUCACCUGCAUAUGGUGUUUACAUAUCUCAACUGAUUCGAUAUGCAAGAGCUUGUUCUGGGUAUAGUCAGUUUUUGGAUCGAGGUAAACUACUGACAAACAAGUUGAUGGUACAGGGAUUUCAACAGUCUCGAUUGAAGUCAGCAUUUCGCAAAUUCUAUGGUCGUUAUAACGAUCUAGUUCGUCAAUACAACCUCGCAUUGGGUCAAAUGCUGUCUGACGUGUUUCAUACCGAUUGUUAAGCCGUUCUUGGCACACUGAUUUUGGCUGUGGAUAACUCCGUUUACCUGAUCAGGAUAUGGGGCUCACGGCGGGUGUGAUCGGUCAACAGGGGAUGCUUACUCCUCCCAGGCACCUGAUCCCACCUCUGGUGUGUCCAGGGGUCCGUGUUUGCCCAACUAUCUAUUUUGUAUUGCUUGUAGGAGUUAUGAGAUUGAUCACUGUUCGUUAUCUUCACCUUGCAUUAGGAGAUGUUAGUUUAAUAGAUUUCAUACAUGGUACUGGCAUAUUUAAGUUUGCACAUACAUAGUAAGCAGAGCUAAUAUUGAACUACAGGGGGGGGGGGGGGGUUAAUGCCACAUCAUUCAAUAAUAAAUUACAAUCUUUAUGUAUCCUAAUUAGUUUAUUUAACUUGAAACAAUUUUUAAGAUCAAUAAUUCAAUUUCAAUGGCACACUUAACUCGAGUGGCAAGGUGAAAAAAUGUAUAUGAUAGUUUGAAAAAAGUUGGUAGUUAUUUUGAUGCAUGUUGAUACAACUCUUAAGAUAUAUCUAAUUUGUGAUACAAGUACAAUGCACAUAUAGAAAUCAUGCACAUUUGAAAAAAAGGAAUAAAAAUAAUAAAGAACAAAAGCAUUGAUUCAAUGAUCUGCUACAAAAAGUUUUUAAGAUUGAAGAAAAUGCAUGAGGUAAAAUCAAAUGUGAUUUACUUGAAAAGAAUGUGAAAAUCAAGUUUGCUGUCUUCUGAUAUUUUGUUACCAUAGCAACCAAGUGAUAUGAAAUAUCUAUCAGCAUUAUUUUGUUUCACUAUGACAUGAACUAUAGUUGAAUCUGUGAGUAAAAGCAUUUUUUUGUCUAAAAAUUUACUUAAUUUUAGGUGGAUUUCGAAUUUGAAAAGAAAUAAUAAUUUUCGUUUCCAAUGCAACCAACAUUAAUUCUCAUAUCAAAUUUGUUAGAAUUUAAAGUCAAACAUCUGUAAGAGUCAGUUGUCAAGAUUAUAUAAUUUGAAUACAGAGAAAAUUGUAUUUCAAAUUACAUUGAAAAAUGCAUCUCAACUGUCAUAUCAUCAGGAAAUGCAUCAUUUUGUUUCCAUGGAAACACAGCUAAGAAUGUAGAUUCUCAAACAUGUGUCAUUGUUACAUGAUAGUACUAUAUCUAAUGUACAUGUAUGUUGAACAAGAAUUUAUGUAUUUCACGCUGAAAGCAGGAAUUUUUAUCCAUCAUUCAAAUUUGCCUCUAAAUUAGUUUUUUUUUCAGAAAGUAUCAAACAACUCUCUUUUAGACAUAAUAAUAGAAAUAUUCAAACUUCUAACUAAAUAAUAGAAAGGCUAUAUAUUAUCAUUUUAGAAUUAUUUUAGAAGUCAAACAAGUAAAUCCAUUAUAGUUCAAUAAAAAUGUCAUAUUUCAUGUAAAAUAUGACUCUUUUAAGACAUGAAUUACAUGCACGUGUUACCAUGGCAACAAAGUUGCAUAGCAACGAAAUAAUGAUAGUUUUACAUUACUUAUACUUAUGUCAGAUCAAGUUCAUGUACCAAAUUUGAGAAAACAAAAUCAGUGUUAUUUUGUCACUAUGAUAAACUAUGAAAUAUACGAUUUGAAAUUUCGACAAGUUACGAGGUCCUCAUAUACAAGGGUAUCAAAGUAAGGGAAAACGGGGAUUUCUUGAUGCAUAUUUAUGAAGGGAUAAUGUUAAUGGUGGAUAAAAAAGCGCAAGAGAAAAAAUGUGAUUAAAAAUAGCAUGGGAGUUAAAGAUUUCAUUUAAAGCAUAUAGUCAUACUUAAUGGUAAAUUCAUUCUAAGCAUGAAAUUCAACUACCCCUUUAUUGCUCAAAAACGUCCUCUCUUCUCCAUCUUCGGUCUGACUGUCUUUUAUUUGAGCUUUAAUGUAAUGUGAAUUUUAAAUAAACGAUGCACUGCACACCAUAACUAUACCUCCUGUCCAUGGAAAAUAGAAAGAUGGGAUGCUUACUCCUCCUAGGCACCUGAUCCCACCUCUGGUGUGUCCAGGGGUCCGUGUUUGCCCAACUAUCUAUUUUGUAUUGCUUGUAGGAGUUAUGCGAUUGAUCACUGUUCGUUAUCUUCACCUUGCAUGAAAUACAAUAGGAAAGAAAUAUAAGAAAAAAGGGCUGAGAAGAUAUAAAGCAUUCAAAAACAAUUUAAAAAUUCUUAGCUUCAAAGCCUUCACAAUGCCCUGGGCCUCCUUCUAUGCCAGCCAACGCCCAUUACUGGAAGUUGAACUAACACAAUAAAUAUUAAACCAAUUAUAUUUUUGAUAGGAAAUUUGGUUUUCCGAAAUAAUUAGAGUCAAUGUCAUUUCUUCCUCUUUCUGAUUUUCUCGUCUACAAUGUCCGGUAGAUCAAACAUCAUCUUAAUUCCAUCUUCCUCACCGUUGACAUUACCAUUGAAAAGCCAGUCAUGGUCGAUUUGUGGAUGGUCCUUGAGUUUUUUUUUUUAUCAGUAGAACACCCAGUUUCAUGACAUUAGCCGAUUUGAAUUUUUCUUAACGGUAGCUCCUUUAUGCAUUACUCUGGAUUUUGCUACACUGUUUUUCAUCUUCACGAGAGUUGGUUUGGUUCUUCCGCUUUGCCCGUAGUUUUGUAAAUAGCGAUGAUCUCGGCUCAUCUAUCUUUACCCCCUCUUUUUCAGGAACCCGUUUCACAACUUAUUUUAUGUUUUCACUGUGUUUCUUUUAUUCCAUUGAAUUCGAAAGUUUUUUCUUAAAUGUUGUUCGUUUUCGUUUGCUAUCGAAAACCAUGUCAUAGCGAAAUAUUUUUAUUCGUCAAGGUUCUCUUCUAGUUCGUUCAUUCUCUGUUCGAUUUUUCAACAAAUUAAGGUGAAAUUGUAGCGCUCGAAAAGUCUGCGUAUUCUCGUCGACUGAUUCUUGGAUAAUGUUUGUUCAUCCAUUAAAGAAAGUUAAUCCACAAUGCACUCAACAUUUCCUACUUCAAAUAACGGAUCUGAUCCAUUGUAUCUUAAAUUUGUUCGAACUAUGUAAACUCUGAGGGCUUUACUCAGUCUUUGUAUUGACCCUUGUGGAUAUUUCUCAAAUGAUAGUUAAUGAUAGGUAUGAACGCUCUAUAAACAACACACGUUUUAUUGUCGAUAUCUGUGUGUACUCACAUCUACAUUGAUCGUUUAGUACAGGUGUCCCAAAGGUGCAAAGUUCCCAUAAAUAGCUGCCAUCGCAAUGUCACAAAAUCACUGAGGUCGACGCAGAAACGAGAUAGAGGAAAUUUCUUUUACUGAAGUUUUGACUAAAUUUUAAUUGAAAUGUCUAAGCCUUCCUCAAUCACAACUCUCAGGAUCCUGUUCCUCCAAACUAUCUAAUAUGUUCUAAAAUCCUGACUCGCAUCCCCAAUGAUCCCACUUCUGACACAAUAUUGUCACAAAAUGACCGAGGGCGAAUCAAGAAAUAAGAUUGGGUAACAUUCUUUUCAAAUAUUCAAUAAGACUAUUGCAAUAAUGGUAAUAGUUUCCAGUCAGUAUUAAUUGUGAGAGGUUGGCCUGCCUCGUGCGUCCAUAUCAUGCAGAGCUCCGGGUUCCUUCUCGAUAACACAUAUACAUGGGCCAGUGGUCUACUUGUCAACACAAAAGGUUUACAGUCAGUCCAAGGACCCAGCACGCAGAUCAACUUCCUACAUUUGAGAAUGGACAGACAACCCGAGUAGAAGAGUUAGAGCUUGAGAGAGCUGAUACGGAUCAACGUCCUAGAGUUGAGAUUGGACACACGACUCGAGUAGAAGAGUUAGAGUGUGAGAGAACUGAUACGGAUCAACUUCCUACAUUUGAGAAUGGACAGACAACUCGAGUAGAAGGGUUAGAGCUUGAGAGAGCUGAUACGGAUCAACUUCCUACAUUUGAGAAUGGACAGAGAACUCGAGUAGAAGAGUUAGCGCUUGAGAGAGUUGAUACGGAAUCAGAUCUUGAACGUCUAUUGGGAAACAGUAAUGCUGCUGUGGCACGAUUGCAAGCUGGUAAUAUACCUCAACAUACACAGCAAGAAAUAUUGCAGUAUAUUCGCCAGACUAUUUCGAGGGCGCAAUCAUGUAUGUUACAUAUUUCAUGAUUUAUUUUGAGCAUGAUUUUAUUUCAAUCCCUUUUCCUUAUAUUCCUGUCACCCAGAGAUCCAUUAAAUUUUAUGAAAAGGUGACAAAACAAACAGUGAUCAAUCUCAUAACUCUACAAAGAAUACAAAAUGAAGUGUUGGACAAACACAGACCCAUGGACAUGCCAGAGGUGGCUUAUCAAAUCUCAUAAGCAAUACAAAAUACGGACCUCUGGACACACCAGAGGUGGGACCAGGUGCUUAGGAGGAGUAAGCAUCCCCUGUUGAAUGGUCACACCCACCAUAAAGCCUAUACCAGUGUGCCACGAACCACUCAACAAUCGGCAUGAAACACGUCAGACAGCAAUUGACCCAAUGAUAGGUUUUACUGGCAAACAUAUACAUAUAUGUAACGGCCAUAUAAUUUGCGAAAUGCUGACUUCUAACGAGAUGGUACCCCUGUACCAUCAACUUCUUUGUCAGUAGCUUGCCUCGAUUUAAAAACUGAUCAUACCCAUAACAGGCUCUUGUUUAUCUAAUUAGUCGAGAGCUAUCAACACCAUACACAGGUGCUAAUGGAAUGUUGCUACAUACUAUGGGGUGUUGACGACGGAAAAGCUGAAAUCAUCCCGUUUAUCAUAAUGUUGAGUUGUUACGAAAUAUCCUGAUGAUACGAUUUUUCAUUGGUAUCCCGUUCUUGUGUCGGUAACAUAGAUAAUUUUCUUUGAUAACGCUUUUAAUGGCCUUUUCUGGUUGUUUCAUACAUUUCUACUAAAAAGUAUGGUGCGAGAAAUAUAAAUUAUCUUUAAUAAUAACGACGACAUACAUAUAAGCAUAAUCUAACUCGAUAGUGGGCCCUAUGCGAUAUUACAAUACUCUUCCUAAGACUGAUAAGAAUGGAAAUGAAAGCAAUGAAUAGAAGUCAUUGACUAGCCUAAAUCCAUUGUCGUAUGAAAAACAGUUCUACUAUUGUUUUAUCAAAAUAUAUGACAAGAGGCAUAUAAAUCCUUUCAGUAUGGCACAACAUGAACACUCUCAACAGGGGAGCACGUGCCGGUAUACUCGCCAGUCUGCGUGAUGUAGAGACAAAAGUGAAAGCAAUGGAAUAAAGUAAAUGUUUAUUAGUUGUUUUAAUAGUUUUAGCAAUUCAGGUAUGUACAUUCUGAUAACAAAAACAAAAGAGUAAAGUCAACUUCACAAAUUGAUAAUAAGAACUGAUAAUGAAAACAUUUUAAUGUACUGUUGAUUUUGAUUUCUGCUUUCAGCAUUAUGAAGAUCUAACGACUUUGUCAAGCAAGUCUUUCUCAAGAACAAAUGGCGACUGACGUUGUAUUUUUCAGUUGAAAUGUUUGUUGAUUGAAAUUGUUUCUUGAGGACAUACGCGACGUUUUUCUCGUUGACAAUAUUAGCAUCUACUUGUAUGCAAAUCACUGUUGUAAAACAUCUUUCUCUGUAUGUAUGGUCGAAUAAUAGAUUAAAACAAAGAUAUUAUAUUCGAAUUAAUGAUUUGCCAAUUAAGCAUUACCCUGUUCAUUUUGAAAUACAUUUUUCACUGGGGAAAAGGGGGAUGUUUCAUUGCUUGAUCCGCCUUUCAACAAAGCAAACAAAAAUUAAUACGUCACAUUUUAUCACAUGACGUCAGACACAUUGACAUGUGGAUGCUAUUUGUUACUUGUUUGCAUAUUUUCUUGUGUCGGAUUUACUAUUAGCGACAACAUUGCAUACAAGGGUAAGUUUUCAUGUAGUAGAAGUUUUCACAGAGUUGAAAGCCGUAAAUUACGCGGCUGAGUUAAGGCUUUCCCCAUAAAUAACAGCGCUGUAAAAAAUGUACUUUACCGCCCUGUCACAUUACAUGACGUCACAAUGAAAAUACGUCAUGAUGAAGGUCAUGACGUACAUAUCUACAUUCCUUUUGCGUUUGGAAAUGUCAAAAUAUUUUUUCGUUAUUACCACCGCUGUCAAACGAUAAACCGCAAUCAUGUAAAAGUUUCUGUCAAAUGGAUAUAUUAAUUCUCUUUGAUAUUGAAAUAGUUUCAAUUUCUUCUUUAUAUAGCAUACAUGCUAAAGUAAUAUCCAUAUUAUAUUGUGAUCUUGAUAUCGCCCUUAAUCUGCACGUAUAGUAACUUUCACAAUGGACUCAUUUGCAUAAACAAGGUUUCCGAGGGUUUUGAAUGAAAUAUGUUUGAUUUAUGUGAUAUGUGAACUUCAGUGCAAAAGGAAAGUUAGGGAAGCAAGUUGUGACUUCAACAGAAAACAUGUUUUUCAGGCUAGAUUCAACUUCGUAUAGGGUAAAUUGGGGCAACUGGGACAUCAGGGUAACUGGGACACUGUCAUAUUUUUCAUCGGUAGUUAAAAAAUCCUUUAUAGCCCUAGUAUGAAAUUCUUCUGUUGAAAACAUUACCUCAGUGUCGUCUGCUAAAAAGUGAAAUUUGGCAGCUGAAGACGAAAUAAACAGAACAAUUAUCGGGUCUUUGAUCCGAAAGGUAAGCACAUUUUGUGUAUGUUACGCAAUAAGAAGGGGGGUUGUUGAUGUAGAUAUUAUAACUGUUAUCAUACAAAUUAUUUAACAAUUUGAUUUGUUAAAAUUAUAUGGAUAAACGUUCUAAUCACUUUCCAAUACCUCGAUUUGUAAAACGUAACAAACACUCGCGAAAAAUGUUGAGUACCAUGCAAUUUAUCAAUGACCCAUUGCAUUUCAGAAUAAGAAAUUCCUUCGGGAUAAAGACACCAUUUAUUUUCAUGACGGCUUUUACAAAACACAACCAUGCACCUUAUAAAAUACUUAGAAGCGGAAAAUUUAUAUGUUAAUAUUGAUAUAAACAUUUUUUUGCAAAGUAUUUAUAUCUUAUCACAUUAAAAUUGACUAGAGUAUUUACGAAAAUUGAAUUAAUAUACGACAUCGUACCGGAUGUUGUGGUCUGAGAUAUUGUGACGUCACAAAUUGAUAAUUUUGAUAAACACAUUGUGCAAUUAAAUAAUUGCGAAAGGGUUUCUUCUCAACCAUUUCUGUUAAAACCACUGCUGUUUCCAAAUCUUCGUUAUUCAUUUAACGUGUUGGUAGUAAUGCCAGUACAAUAAUUACAAUAAUAAUUAUUUAAAUGUAUAUUAUUCUCCACAUGAUUAUUUCCUUUUUGAAUUGGGGUAAGUGGGAUAGGUGUUCAAGUUGUAUUUUAGAAAAUCAGAUUUUAUGCAUUUCAAAUAAAAUUAUAUCCUUAGAUUUGGUGAAUUGUGCACGGUUCUGGAUAGUUCAUAAUGUUUAAAGGAUAAAUAAUAAAUUUAUAAUUCUCUAUUUUAAAACAUCGCAAAUUUGAUUCAAUUAAUAAUCUUAGAUUUCAAACAUAAUAAAGGUCGUUAUAAUUUGCUUAUGAUUACAUGUAUAUGGUAUGUGCAUGUUUGAACAAGUGUUUUGAGUAGGUGUAAUGGCAAGACGAAAGAAAAUCCAAAACCCCAAACAAGUAAAGUGGUCUUAAUCGUCUAUGAAAAAAGCAUCAAAAAUUAGGCCUACAUGUGAUAAACUAAGCUUUCGCAAAGCUGCAGAAUUACUGUCUGCAAUACUAAAAUCUACGCAUGAAAUGAGUGCGAAAUGAGAACAAGAUACUGAUGCCCCAGCCUCCCGACCAACCGUGUACUUCACAUCGGAUCAAGAGAAUCAGCUUGUUGGUCAUAUUCUAGAAAUGGCUAACUGUGGAUUUGGGUUGACAAUUGAUAGGAAUAUAAUUGAACUUAUGCUCAAUAUUUAAUAGAUAAUCGAAUCUGAAGCACUUUGCCGGUUUACCUGUGUUUAAUGUCAAGAUUGAUCGGGAAAGGAGGGGGGGGGGUUGAAGGAUCGAGGGAAGGAGGGAGGAAAACGGGCUGGGGAGAGAAUUUAAGGGGCUGAACGACAAGAUGGGAUGAGGAGAGAUUAGGAAAACGGGUUGGAGAGAGAGGAGGAACCCCUUGUUUGUCCUUGUCCCCACUUAAUCUUCUAACUUUAGGUAUCAACAUUGUUGUCCCAGUUACCCCAUUACAGAAGGGCAACUGGGACACUCAGCAGUUAUACGAUUUGUCUCCCUUCUUUUUGGAGUAAUGCUUCUGAAAGAAUUUCAUACCUGAGAAAUGAAAUUUAACAUAUCUAUCUUUUAUUGCAUGACAUUAAACUUUUAUAAAUACAUCUCUAUUAGUAUGGAAUAUCAAAAAUAAUCUAAAGUGUCCCACUUGCCCCAAUUUCCCCUAUGCAAAAAUCACCGCAUAUUGCAUAUUCAAAGCAAAAAUUAGACAUGUUACAAGUCACGUUAAACUUGUUCUCAUCACUUUUCAAAUUAAGAACUUAAUAUGUUUUGAAGCUAUAUUAACUUCAACUUGCAUUGAUAUCUGGAUAUCCUGCCAAUGGAACGAUUUAUACAUACACGGUACGAUUUUAUCUUGAUAUUUGAUCACGUGAUAUACAGCUGAUGUAGAGACUGUCUAGUGAAAAAUGUAUUGAAGGUCAAAAUGCACUUAAUUAUAUAUACAUAUUUUUUUUUUGUAUAAAAGGGUUGUGUGUACGGAAUUUGUCAACAAUUGAUCUGUUUAUUAAUGCUUUUUCCCCAUACAUAUUUCUAUGGCCCUUCUUAACACAACUGCGUGUUGCAUUUUCUGAUAUUUGAAGAUUUAUUUUGGGUAGGCCUAAAGAACGCAAUUUCUCGUAUUUUCUCAAUAUGUCGGAGAUGAACGACUUCAAAGUCUAUAUCUAUCUCUAAAGGGAAGAGAGAUACGCAUUCCAUGGGUAGUCUACACAUAUUUUCUAUCAUGAUAAGCUUCGCUUGCGAUAUAAUAUUUUGACAAAUGGCUAGGCUCCGUAGUUCUAACUAAGAUUAAAGAUCGCGACCUUUGUGUCGCUGUUGCUAAGUGAAUCAUUGCGCGUCUCAGUUGACUUGUAUUUUUCCGAAUUUAUGUACAUUUUGACAAACGAAGGUUAGCAUCUUUGUCUCUUGAAUUAAAUUAUAAGGAAUGACUUUAAUUCUGAGGCAAGUUAUACGAGUAUAACCUGGUUUGGGUCAGUUUACGCUUUUUUUAUAAUCCGCUUCGCGGAUUAUAAAGCGUAAGCUGACCCAAACCAGGUUAUACUCGUAUAACUUGCCCCAGAAUUAAAGUCAUUCCUUAUAUAUAUAUAUAUAUAUAGAGAGAGAGAGAGAGAGAGAGAGAGAGAGAGAGAGAGAGAGAGAGAGAGAGAGAGAGAGAGAGAGAGAGAGAGAGAGCACUUGUAAUUAAGCGGUCGUCCAUUUUUUGUAUUUAUGUGUGGCAUCUUUAUUCAUUACAAUACAAAGAACUGUGUAAAAUUAAAAUAUAUUUCUGUU